UCAGCUUCAUCCUCCAACGAAAUCCAAUGGACCCUUCUCUUCUCCGCCUUCCACUUUGGCUCCUGUUCAUCUUGAACCUCGCCGCCGCCUGCCAUGUGGGCGACCAAAAUGCUCUUCUGGCUUUCAAAUCCGCCAUUACUGCGGACCCCUCCGGGAUUUUAAGCUCAUGGAAGCCCGGCGUCGACUGCUGCAGUUGGGCCGGAAUCAGUUGCUCGGAAACCAAUCGGGUCACCAGUCUCAGCCUCUACGGCCAACUUGACCAGCCCAACAGCUUCCUCUCCGGCACCAUCUCCGAAUCUCUCUCGAAGCUCACUUACUUGGACGGAAUCUACUUCCAGAACCUCCGGAAUAUUUACGGUCCUUUUCCACCUCCACUUUUCAAACUCCCCAAACUCCUCUUCGUCUACAUCGAGAACAGCAAGCUUUCCGGUCAAUUACCAGCCGCAAUCGGGAAUUUGAGCCAACUCGAGGCACUGAGUCUUGAAGGCAACAGAUUCACUGGGCCGAUUCCCAGUUCAGUUUCCAAAUUGACUCGGUUGACUCAGCUCAAACUCGGUAGCAACCUUCUCACCGGAUCCAUACCGCUUGGAAUCCAGCAGCUCAAAAGCCUGACGUUCCUCAGCCUCGAGAGGAAUCGAUUCACCGGUCCCGUUCCGGAUUUUUGGGGCUCUUUUCCGGAAUUGAGGAUUCUCAGACUUUCCCACAAUAAACUUACGGGGAAAUUUCCGCGCUCGAUUUCAGCUCUGGCGCCAAAGCUCAGCUACCUGGAGCUAGGGCACAAUUCGCUGACAGGUAAUAUCCCUGAUUUUCUCGGAAAUUUUAGGGCACUGGAUACCUUAGAUCUCUCCUCCAACUACAUCUCUGGAGUUGUGCCAAAAAGCUUCAGGAAUUUGACGAAAAUAUUCAACCUCGAUCUGUCUCGCAAUUCGCUUGUGGAUCCGUUCCCGGAGUUGUUGGUGAAAGGAAUCGAGUCGCUGGAUUUGUCGUACAACAACUUCCACCUCGGAAAAAUUCCGAAAUGGGUGACGUCGUCGCCGAUAAUCUACUCUUUGAAGUUGGCCAAAUGCGGGAUCAAAAUGAAGCUGGACGAUUGGAAGCCCAGUGAAACGUAUUUCUACGAUUACAUCGACCUUUCGGAGAACGAGAUUUCGGGCAGUCCAGUUGGAUUGUUGAACCGGACGGAUUACUUGGUGGGAUUUUGGGCUUCCGGAAACAAGUUGAACUUUAAGCUGCAGGAUUUGAGGAUAGUGAAGACCUUGAAAUACUUGGAUUUGUCCAGAAAUUCGGUGUCCGGCAAAGUCCCCGGCGGCGUGGUAGGGCUCCAGAAACUCAACGUCAGCAAUAAUCAUCUGUGCGGCCGGAUUCCGGCAACGAAGUUCCCUGCGACGUCGUUUUCGGGAAAUGAUUGCUUGUGCGGCCCGCCGCUGCCGCCCUGCAAAUGAACGUCGCAAUCUACUCAUUAUGCAUAUGCUUCGAUAACCUCUCUGUCUACGGUGGACUGAGGACGACGGAGACGACAGUCGAAUGCUAAUGCGACAUGUAGUUUUAGACAUCCCUCACCAGUCACACGCUCACUAAAUGGCACCGCAUGCGUUAAAACUUAAACGCGCACUGGAAUUAUGUCGGAAGAAAUCUAAUCAUGAUGAUAUUAAUAAUAACAAUAAAACAAGGUACAAAAUCUAACUAUUAUUAUUA